AAGAAGAAGAAUCUGUGGGAAGCUGUGUUAGCUCUGCUCAUCUCCGCUUCUCUCUGCUCAGCAACAGCUACAGCAACAGCUAACACAGAGCUGGGUCUCCUCCUGAGUAGCAGCAGCAGUGACAGCAGCGGCGGCAGUGACAGCAGCAGACAUGAGCUUCUUUGGUUUCGGUCAAAGUGCGGACAUCGACAUAGUCCUGAAUGACGCUGAAACGAGAAAGAAGGCUGAGCACAAAAGCGAAGACGGCAGGAAGGACAAAUAUUUCCUCUUCUACGACGGAGAAACAGUGUCGGGCAAAGUCAACGUGACGCUCAAAUACCCGGGAAAGAGGCUGGAGCACAACGGCAUUAAGAUCGAGUUUGUCGGACAGAUAGAGCUGUACUAUGACAGAGGGAACCACCAUGAGUUUGUGUCUCUUGUGAAAGACUUGGCUCGGCCGGGGGAGCUGACACAGUCACAGACAUUUGACUUUGAGUUCACACAUGUAGAGAAACCCUACGAGUCUUACACUGGGCAGAACGUCAAACUACGCUACUUUCUUCGGGCGACAGUGAGCCGGAGACUGAAUGAUAUCAGCAAAGAACUGGACAUUGUGGUUCACACACUCAGCACCUAUCCAGAGCUCAACUCCUCCAUCAAGAUGGAAGUGGGCAUCGAGGACUGUCUACAUAUCGAGUUCGAGUACAAUAAAUCAAAGUAUCAUCUAAAAGACGUGAUUGUGGGGAAGAUUUAUUUCCUGCUGGUGAGGAUUAAGAUUCGACAUAUGGAGAUCGAUAUCAUCAAGCGGGAGACCACAGGUACGGGACCCAACGUCUACCACGAGAACGACACCAUAGCCAAGUACGAAAUCAUGGACGGUGCCCCAGUCAGAGGAGAGUCCAUCCCCAUCAGGCUGUUUUUGGCAGGCUAUGAGAUGACGCCCACCAUGAGGGACAUCAACAAGAAGUUCUCUGUGCGAUACUACCUCAACCUGGUGCUCAUUGAUGAGGAGGAAAGACGUUACUUCAAACAGCAGGAGAUCACUCUGUGGAGAAAAGGCGACAUCGUGAGGAAGAGCAUGUCUCACCAAGCGGCCAUCUCCUCCCAGCGCUUCGAAGGCUCCUACAAUCCAGACAAGACGCUGUCCCAGAGCAACGUAGAGGACGACGACAGCUAAAGCCCAGCGUGCACUUCCACCGCCUGUGUCGUGAGUGUCUGAGCGAAGGCAGUGCAGAGGCUGUCGGCAGAGUCUGAAUGCACAGAUCGGUUUGUUUGCAUUGAGAUAAAAAUGCACUGCAGUGUUUUUUGUUUUUUUUCCACAACGUGUGUGAGUGAGUGAGAGCGUGAGCGAAUGAGAGGAUUUGAAAUAUGACCGCGUGUGCGUUUUGUCGAGGGAACAAACAGUCAGACCUGGUUAAAGCCUUGAGUUACAUGUAACUGUGAGUGUUUGUUUUAACAUCCCAGAAAAACCAGCUGGGUGGAGUUUAAAGCCUCAAGACAGAUUAGACAGUAUCGGCUCAUUUGUCAUCAUGAACUGCAAAAAUAUUUUGUUUAUAACACAAGUACAACGUGACGCAAACUCCACCUAUUAGAUGCACUUAAAUCUCAUUUGCAAGUACUGUUGGGCCUAUACCUUUAAUUAAAUGUGUGUACGAAUGUAUAGAGCGUGUCAGAGAGCCACCUCGGGUGUUUUUCUAAACGCAAACCUUUCCCUCAGUCCCUGCUUAUUUGGCUGGACGAUUGCGCUGCAAGUUUGUAAAAAAAAAACUAAAAAAUAUAUAUAAAAUGUCUGUCUCCUCAUACUAAUGAGACAUUAAUUAAUUUAAAAUAUAAUUUUCCUGCUAUUUCCUGUGCUGAUGAAUAGCUUCUUUUAUUUAAUUUUUUCGUUUGUUUGUUUGGUUUGCUUCAGAAAAUAUAGGAAUGCAUUUACAUAUUUGAAUAGGACAAAAAUAUUUUCAUACAUUCCAAGACUCUCAUCAGAAAUGAUCAUGGCUACAGAGUAUUUAUUUUUGAACAAAAAGAAAUCCAUUUUAAUACAGGAUUUAAUAUGUUAGAUGUAUUAUUAGGUUGUGGGCCAGUGUCUGUGAUGUGCGCGCACACGCACACACGACACUGUAGUGACUGCUGUGGGUUUUUUCUUUCAUCCUUCCUUCUUCCACUCUCUGAUCACUUUCUUAUUUGCACUAUAAUCUCACUCUUUCUUAAUAACCUGCUCACUGGACUUGGGACAGAAUAAAAACCAGACUCCACAUCCCUCCAGCAUCACCUCCAGUCUAAUAAAGACAGUAUUACACCUGCGCUUAGGGACAAAGCCGACGCAGAUACUGAUUGUCUGUUGGUGACGCAGCUCUGUGCCUAAACGUUAGUUGCCAAAACAUUUAAGUGCAAUACUACAGAAAUAUUGAGGAGGUAAAAUGGUGGUUUCACAUACAUAGUGUGGGGGGAAAAGUGAAUGUAUGAGUAAAGCUAAAAUUCAGAAUUUGAAGAAUCCCCAACGUACACGUACUUGUAGUAAAACGAGUAUAAUCAAUGUUUUUACCUUCCCUGUAUCUUGUCUAGAUCAUAGAGUCCCUGUGCCAUUACAUCCUUUGUUUUCUUCUUUAUUAGAUUUUAUUGUCCAUACUGGGUAAAAAAAAAAAAAAGCCUGUUGCCCUAACAUUAGUACAGCCUCAGCCUUUUGCCUGACAUGCUUCUGCCGUGCACCUUUUGCAAAAACCCUUCACUGUGUCUCAUAAAUGAUUUAGACAUUUUUAUGUUGCACGCCUCUCUCUGCAGCGCAGUCAGGUCAGACUUUUCACUGUUGUUGUUGUUGUUGUUAAAACAACACGUCUCCCGUCACCGGAGUGAUGUUCAGGUAUCUGCUAAAAUAUGGACAACUACACCCCACGCCUGCGGUGUGUUGAUCUGAGCCAACAGGAAGCUUUUAUUCAGGUUAACGGAGCUCGACGGAGGAGGUUUGGACAUUGUUAUUGAUGGUGGCUGAACUCGCAGCUGUGUGUGCCGCUCUGCAGAAACUUAAUUUGCUUUUAAGAGACUGUAUGAGAAGUAUUGUGAUGAAAUGGGACGUGCUCUCUGGUGUUAUCAAAGUUUGCUUUAAUUAUUAAUUACCCCAUUAAUAGGGCUGGGCAAUAGUUCAAUAAUAUUAGUUGAAAUAAAUCAAUAGGUUUGUUAGAUGUGCAAACAACAUAUAGUUCCUUUUAAAUGUUUUGCCUCGGGUUAAGCAAGUGUUUGUUUUCUGUCCACAAAGAAUUUUAAAAUCACAAUUGACUGAUUGCCCAGCUCUACACAUUCAUUUACUGCACCCUCCUCCCUAAUUUGUCAUUCUUUACAAACUGUUGACAAAACAGCUAGGGCUGCAACGAAUGAUUCUUGACUGAUCUGUCAAUUGUUUGGUCAGAAGUAAAAUGUCAGAAAAUGUUGAUCACUGUUUACCAAACCUGGAAAUUAUGAUUUUGAACCAAAACAACUACUCGGUUUUAGUGAUUUUCUUUAUGUGGAGCAAAGAAACCAGAACAUAUUCACAU